AUGAAAGAACCCCCAUUAUAUUUCCAAGACUUGUGUUCCUGGGAUUCUGCUCCCAUAUUUGUUGGUGUCCAUCAGCACCCAGUGACAGAGGUUUACCUGGAGGACAUCAGUGACCAUGUGUGGACAUUAUCAGAGGAUGUGAGAAGAUAUUAUGUCAAAAAGAUUGCCAAAUGUAAUGGCUGGGAUGACAGUGAUUUCAUAAAAUCUGUAGAUACUUUCUUGGAGGAAAAUGUCAAAACAGACGGACCAGAGGUGGAUUUAGAAGGAGAAGAGUUGGAUACAGACGAAGAUGAGUCAGAAACAGAUGAUGAAAACCUGGAGGAGGAAAGGACGGGAUACUCAAACCUGAGAGAAAAGAUCUUCAGUGAUCAUGGAGUGCUUCAUGAAUCUUCAGUGAAAAAAAGGAGUUACGCUUUGGAACGAAUAGUUGUUUCUCUUAUACAAAAAUACCUGAAGCCUGGAGAAACUUUGGUGGUAUUUUUGGAUGGUAUGUUAAGUAUUGAAAAGUUGGGGGAUGCACUUGGAGAGUUUGAGCCAAAUCCCCCUGCUGAGUGGCCUGUGGACCAUCUGAGGGUGAUUGUAUUGCAUUCACAGAUCCCACCAGAAGAUCAGGGAGAUGCAUUCAAAGCACCAGAAGCCAAUUGCGGCCAUGUUGUCCUGACAACCAACAUAGCUGAGAAUGCUGUGACAGUGCCCCAAGUACGUGUGGUAAUUGACCUAGGGUGGAAGAGACAGCCAGUGUAUAAUGUGACGAGCAGACUGACCACUCUACAGCGUACACAUAUCUCUAAGGCAUCUGCCAAACAGAGGAAAGGCCGUACUGGUAGAGUGUUUGAGAAAGGCAACCUUGUUAUUAGGCUGUACACCAGAAAGCUUUACAGAGAGUUGGAGAACUUUGACAAGCCAGACAUCCAGACUGCCCCUCUGGAGAAGCUGGUGCUCAAAGCCAGACAGGCCGCAACAAAUGCUUUCCCUGAUUUGAGAUCAAAGGAAAUACUUCAGGACACAAUAGAACCACCAGACAUCUCAAAUAUUGAUGAUGGAAUUAAAGUUUUAUGGGAGAAUGGAGCUUUCACAGAAAACUCUGAUAGGUCCAGCAUCACUAUGCUGGGUCACCUUGCGAUGCAGCUUCCAGUGGAUCUGAUACUGUCCAGGUUGGUUCUGUACGGCAUUGUGUUUGGAUGCGCAGUGGAAGGUAUCAUUCUAGCGGCAGCACUAGCAUCAAAGGAUCCCUUCAUGAUGCCUACUAAGAAAGUCAUAAAGAACACAGAGGAAUUUGCCAAAUCCCUUCGUAGGUCAGAGAAGUCCAGACGCAAGUUUGAUGGGGGUGCAUGCUCAGAGCCAAUUGCAUUACUGAACUUAUUCAAGAAAUGGUUAGAGUGGAUCUAUGAUGAAAAGGGUAGGAUGAUUGUGGAUACAGUAUCCAUUUGGGAUAUUAAAAAGGAAUUCUGCGAGAAUAAUGCUGUCAGUUUGAACAGAUUAAAUGCCUAUGAAAGAGUGAUAACACGUUUGGCAAGUUCAGUUCUGAAAUAUGUAUCAGAUCAGAGCAUUGCCUGCAAGAUCCGUGCUUUGGUUUUCUUCAUUUCUGACACAAGGGAAGUUGACAACCCUCGUGUUACCAGCCAAACUGAUUUCUUCCGUCCCUCAGAUCUCUUCAUCAGUUCUGACCAACUUGAUCUGAAGGCAUUGCUUCUGGCAGCUCUACACCCAGCAUUUCUUGUUGGUGAAACCAUGAACAAGCUCCAUUAUGUCAAAACAGAUGUCUACCCCUUCAAGGAGUAUACAAAUUUGGAGACAAAAAUGAAGGCAAAUAAGAUGGACAUGAAGCGUACAAUAUUUGUCCCGGCAAAACCUACAGUGUAUAACAAAAAUGAUGAAUGCAAACUUAGAGCAAUAGAAAAGCUAGCAAAACUGUGUAUCUUUUCCCAGCAAACAUUGCCAGAACUGAAACCAGCAGAAAAAGGAUCACUUUUCAUUCAGUAUAAAGGAGCAGAGCCAGUGGAGUCUAGAAUAUUUCAUGAUAUCAUGAAAGAUGCCCAUAGCCUCUUCAAGUUUGGUGAAGGACGCCAAAGCAGCAUCUUCCCAGGUGAAAAAAGACGGAUUACUUUAGAGCAGCCAAUGCAUCCUUACCGUAUCCACUGGUCUGUGCUAAGUAUUAGAGGGACAGACAUGAUGAGUCCUGAACAAAGGGAGUAUCCGUGUACUGGGUAUCCUGACUGGCGUGCACCAUUUGCCUCAGCAUGUGAUCUAGAUCAGCGAACGUAUCUGGCUGUUGCUGAAAAUUUCAUUAACUGGAAACAAUCUGUAGGGUUUAUCAAUGGGAUGACCAUCCUGCCUCAAGAUGAGGGAAAUAUGUUAACUCUCUGCUUGAUACUCACCUUCCAACCAAAGCACUUCUCGACACGGUUUAUUGUAGACAUCUGGAGACAGAGAAUCACGCACCUGGAGCUGUUCAGACACAGAUUUGCAAUACCAGAAGCAUCAGAGCUUACAGAGGAGAUACUGGACCACAUCAACCAGUUCCGCAAAGAUCUGUCAGAAGCUUUCUGUGCAGACUUGAAAAACCAAGGUCUAUCAGAGUUUUGCAGCAUGGAAAGGUUUCUCACAAGAUUGAAACAGCUCAUGGAAAAAGAAAAGCAUCGGAGUAGAAGUAAACUUUCCAAAUUAGUUCAAGCCAUCAGAGAGGCAAUAGAUGCUGAAACAUUUCGUCAGCUGCCAGACAAGUUCAAACUGCUGGGAGCACUGAAGGAUAAGGAGACACCUUCCAUUGAUGACAUCAUAAAACAGAUGACACAGGGAACAGACUAUGAAGAGAGUUCCCAGGAUUUGGACUACAGGUACAAUGUAGAAAUUGCCAUAAAGGCCAUGAUACCUAGUGAGACCCAGGAUGAAGAGCUGACUUACCUGCCUCCUUACAACUGUGAGGUCUUCUCCAUGGCAUAUCUGAAGCAACAGAAAGACCAGCAAGAUGCAGACAACAACAUGGCAUACUCCAAGAUUACAGCACGUGCUGCAGGACCAGAUUACUUUGAAUUUACUGAUAGUGACACCAGUGAUGAAACCUCAUCAGAUGGAGAAGAAUGGGAGUUCAUGGAUGUCAAAGGAGAAAGAGAUGAAACAUCUGUUGAAGACAAACCCAUACCAGAACAGAAAAAAGAUGAUUCGUUCCCCUAUCAUCCAGUUUUAACAGCAACCAGUUUUAAAAGACGACACAGGAAGAGGAAAGAUUCAGUAUCGGAGUCAGUCCCAGUAAACAUCCCAGGAGUGGAUGUUGUACCUCAGCUCGUGCAGCAUGACAUCGAUGGCAUCACUGCAGCACUGGACAUUUUUGUGGACAUGUGCCAAGGCCUGCCCACCCCCAAACCAGCCUAUGUGCGCAACUUCAUGGGAAACCGCCAUUACCAGGUUCUCGGUCUGCGUCUGCGUGAGGAACAGCUGGCAGCAGUCAUACAAUACUGUGAUAAAUACAAGGUUGAAGAAGGGGGCGACAUGGGACCAGUUGUUUGUGAAAAGUCUUAACAGUUUGGUUGGUAAUACUGCUAGUGGGUUGCAGGUGGAAAUGAUUUAUAACUAUCCUAUUCCUGAUCUGGGCUCAGGGUAUUUGAUGAUUGGUUAUCAGAUGUAUAGAUAAUAGAGAUAAUAGGUAAAUCCUGGCUCACCUAAGACAUGGUGAGUGGGAUUCACUUCUUGUCUGGACAGACCUAUCCCAGGCAGACCUAUCCAGGGCAGAUCUAUCCCGGGCAGACCUAUCCCAGGCAGACCUAUCCUGGGCAGACCUGUCCUGGUCAGACCUAUCCGGGCAGACCUAUCCUGGGCAGACCUGUCCAGGUUUGCAUCUGCACUUAUUUACUUGUCAUAAUAAUGAAACCAAUCAAAAUUGAAUGAGCAAACCACAUAACAUUAUGUGUUUUUACAAUGAUAUUCACUUAGUGUUUAAGUCUUUUAUAUUGAAAUUUCAAACUUUCCAAGUCAGAUUUUAACCUUGCCAAGUUCAGAUUUCAAUUUAAAAUUUGCCUAAGGGCAAUUGAAAUUUCAGUCCUGUCUGGGCAAAAAUAAAGUCUGAAUGGAUUUUAAUUUGGCUAAAGCUGAUUUGAAAUCUGACUGGAUUUCAAUCUGCAACAUAUAUUAAGAAAGUCACUGGGACCUUAACCCCUUUUUAUAUUUCUUUAUAUAUGAAUAUCUCUUUUUAUAGUACUGUAAUUUAUACAAACAUUAUGAUAAGAAACAUCCCUAUUGAUUUGUAUUCCAUCAUGUGAAUGAAAGGCUUAUCUAGAGAAUACAGAUUUUGAAUAAAUUUUACAAUUCAGGAUUUAUUUGUAUUUAUUUGUAAGUUAUGCCCAGCGGUACUGCAACUGGUUUAUUAACCUAAAUACCACAGAAAAUCACCUUUAAAUACCAAUUCCAAUACCACGAUAUUACUUCUUCAAACCUUUUCAGUGACAUAAAAGAAAUUGCGUAUCCACGGUUUUAUUUGCUACCAUAAUGUGUCUCAACCUUGAUGUGAAUUAAAAGUAACGUAAUGU